AUGAACAACAACAACAAAACGACGACCGACAUAACGAAUGACUCGAACUACAAGAAGUACACCUCAGCCAUUGACAGCGCACUGAGAUCAUUUGAAAACACAAGUGAAUGGGCUGAUUUGAUUGCGGCAUUGGGGAAACUCAACAAAGUGUUGAAUUCCUACAGCAAGUAUACAAAAAUUCCUCGAAAAGUGCUGAUAGGCAAGCGCUUGGCUCAAUGUCUUCAUCCCUCCCUACCGAACGGAGUGCAUUUGAAGGCCCUCGAGACGUACAACAUCAUCUUCAGGUGCAUCGGACCGCACGAACUCUCACUCGACAUCUUCAUCUAUAGCUGUGGACUCUUUCCACUCUUGAGUUAUGCAGCGAUCAACGUCCGACCCGUCUUACUCAGUAUUUAUGAAAAUCAUUUUGUGCCUCUCAACUCUUCCAUACGACCUGCCAUGACGGGAUUGCUAAUGGGAUUAUUGCCUGGUUUCGAAAAUGCUUCAGAGUAUUUUGAGAGAAUGCAGCAGCUGUUGGAAUCAUUCAGCGAAUGCGUGGAUAAGAGCCACUUCUACACGUGCAUGUGGGAGUGCAUCAACUGCAACUCAGCUGUCAGGUGUGCUGGCCUCAACUUCAUCAUCAUGCACUUUGACAAGAAGCAGUCAAUGGAAGAUCAGAUAUACCUCAUGGGUACCAACAUAUGCCUGCUGAUUCAUCCGGGUAGCCGACCCUCGGCCAACCCAGCCGUCUAUCCUUCCGAGGUCGGUAAAUGGGGAGACGACGUAAGUUGUCGCAUGUUGGCCGGCGAGAUGGCUCAGUAG